AUGAAGAUGUAUUCUUUAUUAAAUAACGAAAAUAUUCUUAAACAAUUAAAUUUAACUGAUGUAUCUUCUGAUGAUUGUGUUCUUGUCUUGAAAGAAGCAAAUGAAAUUAUUUUAACAAAAUAUGAUCAUCAAAAACCUAUCGGUAAUUAUUCAAUUGUUAACAAUGAACUAAUUCAUUUUCAAAUAUCAAUCUCAGUUCAAAUAACAAAAUAUGACAAUAAAGAACCAAUUAGAAUACCUUUAUCAAAUAGAAAUAUAACAGUUGAACAAUUGUUAAAUUCAACAGAAAAAUCAAUCGAUGUUUACAAAUAUUUGGCUACAAAUGACACGAAAAGAAUUUUUAAUUCUAAUGAAAUACUUGCAAAUUUAAAUAAAACAAAAUUUAUUCUUGUUAAAGAAAAUGAAACUUGUCUUCCAUCGGUUAAGAAAUCUAAUAAUUUACAAUAA